AUGUCUUACAGACGUUCGAAAAAUAGUAACUCGACCGUUUUCUCAACCUUUCCUUCAAAACGUAACAGAAAUAAAUUUGGAUUAUGUCCAACGUGUAAAAGUUCACGUCCUUCUGCUCAUGACAUAUAUCAAACUUUACAUACCUGGUAUUGGAAUUUGAAAGAUGGUGACGGUAACGCGGUAACUAAAUCAUUUAUAAAUGCGGACAGUAAUGAUUUUCAGUCUUCAACCCCGGCUUCGAGCAGACCUGUAACUCAAACGCAUCCGCUAGCAGUUUAUACAAGUCGUUUAUUGAAUUUCCACGAUCUGCCUGAGCCAGUAAACGCUCUACAUACGACUGGACGACGAAUUCCAAUUACAAGUUCAGUUGGCAUUGUCUCAAACGAUAGUUUAGAAGAAUAUCGAACGCGUCAACUUGAUGAUGAGCUUUCAUUUG